CUUCAGUUGCAACUGUCAGACUAACAGAGUUGACACAAUGGCAUCCACCAAUGCAGCACCUGUGUAUGGGGACAUCUCUCCAUUGCCAUCAGGAUUGAAAACAUUUUCAACUUUUCCAGAUCUUCUUAUGAUUCUUGAAUUUGUUUUCGGUGGCCUUGUGUGGAUUUUAAUAGCAUCUACCAGACUUCCGGGCACGUCAUUACUUCAAGGAUGGGUUAUGUUUGUCUCAAUCUGUUGCUUCAUAUUUACAACUAUACUCAUGCUACUAUACUGUAUCGGAGCACAUGGGGGAAAAUCGACCUGGACAACUAUAGAUGCCUUAUAUCACUUCACUGCUGCCUUAUUCUACCUAAGUGCUUCAGUACUGCAGGCUUAUUUGACAAUAUUGGUAGCGGAUUUGGUUUUCUUCAAUUGGUAUCAAGAGAACAUUGCUGCUGUGGUCUUUGCCUAUAUUGCAACACUGCUCUAUGUCAUCCAUGCACUGGCAUCCCUCUUCAGAUGGAAAAGAUCUCCUUAAAUUAAAAGCCCUAAAAAUCUGGAAUACAGAUGACACAAUAUAUUCUAAGUUACGUGUUUAACUUAUAUGUUUGCUGAAAGUACUGUUUAAACACAAUUAUAUCUAU